AUGGGCAACCUGAUACCAUAUAGAUUCUGCAGAACAAGGCAAAUUUGGAUAGGCCAACUUGAACCAAUCAGGACAACUAUUUGCCCUCCACAGGCGAGUUCACCGCCAACGCAACCGGCUUUUACACCACCAGAUCAGGCGGCUAUUCCAGCCCCAGCACAGCAACAGCAGGCAGGAGCGCAGCCGUUGGAGGAGGCUGUAGUCAGAGCCAUUAGGGGCUUGGUGCCGGUGUCGGCACUUGGCAGUGCUGAGCCCGGCCCGUCGACCAUUCCUACGUUCAGAAAGAAGAGCCUACGGCAAACAAUAUGA